AUGACUGACCGCUUCGCUUCCGCCGAUGAGCCCAUGCACAGGAAAUCGGCGGAAGAACGAAAUGCCUUUCUAGCGAUGCUGAAGAAGGGCAACCGGUCGCAUCGCGAGGUUACUGACAAAUACGUAGAGUUCUGGGAGAAAAAAGAGCAUGGAGAGAGAAAAGAGAACUACAUGUCGUUAGUGAACAGCUACUAUGACCUUGCCACUGAUUUCUACGAGGAAGCAUGGGCACAGUCAUUCCACUUCUGUCGAUUUGGGCCGGAUGAGCCGUUUCUUCAGGCUAUUGCACGUCAUGAGCACUACCUUGCGUUUAGGAUGGGUAUCCAAAGUGAUAUGAAGGUCCUCGACGUAGGCUGUGGUAUAGGCGGGCCUGCACGGGAGAUAUCUACAUUUACUGACUGCAAGGUUGUUGGUGUGAAUAACAACGGGUACCAAAUCCAACGGGCCACGGCGCAUGCGAAGAAGGAGGACCGAAGUGACGACGUUUCAUUUGUCAAAAGCGAUUUUAUGGAGUUGAACUUCCCGGAUGACUACUUUGAUGCCGUAUAUGCGAUUGAGGCAACGGUUCAUGCGCCGUCUCUCCAAGGCGUAUACGAGCAGAUCUACCGUGUCCUGAAGCCUGGUGGAACAGUCGGCAUAUAUGAAUGGGUGAUGACGGACGAGUACGAUGACUCUAACCCUUCUCACCGUGCGAUCAAGCUAGGAAUUGAGCGAGGUAACGGAAUCGCCACCAUGAUGCCCCGUAAGCAUGCGAUGGAAGCCAUACAGGCAGCGGGAUUCGUCCUUGAAUUCGAGGAAGACCUGGCUGACAAGGGAGAUAAAAUCCCAUGGUACGCGCCCCUCGCAGGGGAAUUCCAGGCUCGUAGCCUGUGGGGUGCAUUCAGCGCUUUUCGAUUGACCAAAUUUGGCCGGACAAUGGUCAAUAUGCUACUGAGAGUCCUCGAGGCUGCCAGGUUUGCGCCAUCAGGUACCUCCGAGACGGCCGAGGAGCUCUCUUUGGGCGCAGAUAACUUGGUUGUCGGUGGCAGAGGGGGAUUGUUCACGCCGAUGUAUCUAAUGAUUGCGAAAAAGCCAGCAGCUCCAUUGGUCUAG